AUGGGUAAGAGUAGUAAAGAUAAACGUGAUCUUUAUUACAGGAAGGCCAAAGAGCAGGGCUUUCGUGCUCGUUCAGCCUUUAAGUUGUUGCAGUUAGACGAUGAGUUCCAUUUCCUAGAUAAUGUUGAUCGAGUUGUUGAUCUAUGCGCUGCUCCUGGGUCGUGGUCUCAGGUAUUAUCAAGGAGGCUAUUUAUAGACGGGGAAGAGAAUUGUGAUAAAAAGAUUGUAGCUGUAGAUCUGCAGCCCAUGUCGCCUAUUGAUCAUGUCGUUACGUUGCAGGCGGAUAUUACACAUCCAAGAACUCUGGGUAAAAUAAUGGAGCUAUUUAAGGGGGAGAAGGCUGACUUUGUUUGUAGUGACGGGGCGCCAGAUGUGACUGGUCUUCAUGACUUGGAUGAAUAUGUUCAGCAACAGCUAAUUUUGAGCGCUUUACAAUUAACAACCUGUCUGUUACGUAAAGGGGGGUGUUUCGUUGCGAAAAUCUUUAGAGGUAGAGAUAUCGAUAUGUUAUACUCACAACUUGGUUAUUUAUUUAAUAAGGUUAUCUGUGCUAAACCCAGAUCCUCUCGUGGUACAUCGCUGGAGAGUUUUAUCGUAUGCCAAGAUUACAAUCCUCCAGACGGAUGGCUUCCAAACUUAGAUAUCAAUGCCCCUGUUGAAGACUUCUUUGAAGGCUGCUCUAUAGGUAGACUUUCUCUGGAGGAUAAAUUGGCAGAUUAUCAUGAACAACCGCGUGAUAUUGCGCAGUUCUUAUCCUGUGGUGGGUUAGAUUCUUUUGAUAGUGAUGCUACUUACCAUGAUCUACCUGAAAAUUCCGUCAUUCUGGCUCCGGUUCAGUCGCCAACGAAUCCACCUUAUAAGAAAGCCUUAGAGCUUAAACGUAGCGGCAAACUGACCAGAAAUAUAUAG